GCGAGCCCUGGUGAAGGCGACUGAGAGCCAGCGAGCGAGAGAGAGAGAGAGAAGGGCUCGGAUUGUAGCGUCCAGCCGUCUUGACUCUCACUGGAAUAAUCUAAAACCAUCUCUGAACAAAUGGUCUGAAAGGAUAAGACGUCUCAGAAAUUGGAAGUCUCUGUGUUUGGGAUGAAGCGCCUGUGGGACGUUCACUUCCUCCUGCUCAUCCUCCUCUACCUGUUAGGAGCCGUCACAUCACAGGUCAACCCAGGUGUGUGUCGGUAUCCUCUGGGCAUGUCAGGAGGGCAGAUACAGGACGAGGACAUCUCUGCCUCCAGCCAGUGGUCCGAAUCCACCGCUGCUAGAUAUGGCAGGCUGGACUUUGAGGAGGGCGAUGGCGCGUGGUGUCCAGAGAUAACAGUGGAGCCAGACAGCCUGAAGGAGUUUCUCCAGAUUGACCUGCGCUCGCUCCACUUCAUCACCCUUGUAGGCACCCAGGGUCGCCACGCGGGAGGCAUCGGUAAUGAGUUCGCCCAGAUGUACAAGAUUAAGUACAGCCGCGAUGGAAGCCGCUGGAUCUCGUGGAGAAACAGGCAGGGCAAGCAGGUGAUUGAAGGAAACAGGAACGCCUAUGACAUUGUGCUGAAGGACCUCGAGCCGCCCAUCAUCGCUCGCUUCGUCCGCUUCAUGCCCGUCACAGACCACUCCAUGAACGUCUGCAUGAGAGUGGAGCUCUACGGCUGUGAAUGGCUCGAUGGUCUCGUGUCGUACAACACUCCAGCAGGAGAACAGAUGAACUUGCCUUCUUACCCUGCGUAUCUCAACGACUCUGUCUACGACGGAGCUGUCAUCCACAGUAUGACGGAGGGUUUGGGCCAGCUGACGGAUGGCGUGUGUGGCCUGGAUGAUUUUACACACAGUCACGUCUAUAAUGUGUGGCCUGGGUACGACUAUGUGGGCUGGACUAACGAGAGCUUCCCCAGUGGAUACGUUGAAAUCAUGUUUGAGUUUGACCGCAUACGUAACUUCACCACCAUGAAGGUCCACUGCAACAACAUGUACUCACGGCGUGUCAAGGCCUUCCGCCAGGUGGUGUGUUACUUCCGCUCUGAGGCAGACUGGGAGGCCACACCGCUCACCUUCAGCCCCGUGGAGGACGAGAAGAAUCCCAGCGCCCGUUUCGUCACCGUCAACCUGGCCAAUCACAUGGCCAGUGCCAUCAAGUGCCAGUUCUACUUUGCUGAUGCCUGGAUGUUGUUCAGCGAGAUCACCUUCCAGUCAGAUACAGCCAUGUACAACACAACACUGGCUCCACCCAAGACAGGAAUACCACCCAACAUACAACCAGAGGACGACCCCACCCACAAAGUCGAUGACAGCAACACCCGCAUUCUGAUUGGCUGUUUGGUGGCCAUCAUCUUCAUCCUGGUGGUCAUCAUCGUCAUCAUCUUGUGGAGGCAGGUGUGGCAGAAGAUGUUGGAGAAGGCCUCUCGCCGGAUGCUGGACGAUGAACUAACUGCUAGUUUGUCAAUACAGAGCGAGACGUUCGCCUACAACCACAACCAGUCGAGCACAGCCAGCGAGCAGGAGUCUAAUUCCACCUACGAGCGCAUCUUUCCCCUCGGCCCAGACUAUCAGGAGCCGUCGCGCAUCAUAUGCAAGCUGCCUGAGUUCGCUCAGAGCUCAGAGGAGCCUGCUUCUACGAGCACCGCAGCCUCCAAAUCCACCACCACUACCGCAGUCCAGGAUGGCGCUCCACACUACGCAGAGGCAGACAUUGUAAACCUGCAAGGCGUGACCGGAGGCAACACGUACGCCAUCCCUGCACUGACCAUGGACCUGCUGUCGGGGAAGGAUGUCGCAGUGGAGGAGUUCCCACGAAAGCUGCUCACGUUCAAAGAGAAGCUGGGAGAGGGACAGUUUGGAGAGGUGCACCUGUGUGAAGCAGAGGGAAUGCAGGAGUUCAUGAAUAAAGAGUUUCUAUUCGACAUCUCCGAGGACCAGCCAGUUUUAGUGGCUGUGAAGAUGCUUCGUUCAGACGCCAACAAAAAUGCAAGGAACGACUUCCUGAAAGAGAUAAAGAUCAUGUCACGUUUGAAGGACCCCAACAUCAUUCGCCUGCUGGCUGUGUGCAUCUACAGCGACCCGCUCUGUAUGAUCACAGAGUACAUGGAGAACGGAGAUCUCAACCAGUUUCUGUCCCGCCACGAGCCUGAGGGACAACUCGCUCUGCUCAGCAACGCACCUACUGUCAGCUUCAAUAAUCUGAUCUACAUGGCGGCUCAGAUAGCGUCGGGGAUGAAGUACCUCUCCUCUCUAAACUUUGUUCAUCGAGACUUGGCCACGCGGAAUUGCCUGGUGGGCAAAAACUACACGAUAAAGAUAGCUGACUUUGGCAUGAGCAGAAACCUGUACAGUGGUGACUACUACCGCAUCCAGGGCCGAGCGGUACUGCCGAUACGCUGGAUGUCAUGGGAGAGCAUCCUGCUGGGUAAGUUCACCACAGCUAGUGAUGUGUGGGCGUUUGGGGUGACCCUGUGGGAGAUACUAAACUUCUGCAAGGAGCAGCCCUACUCUCAGCUCACUGAUGAGCAGGUGAUAGAAAACACGGGGGAGUUUUUCAGGGACCAGAAAAGACAGAUCUACCUGCCUCAGCCUGUGCUGUGUCCAGACUCACUCUACAAGAUCAUGCUGGGCUGCUGGAGGAGGAACACAAAGGAACGGCCCUCCUUCCAGGAAAUACACCGAGCCCUCGCGGAAAUGCAGCCUUAAGCCGGGGCCGAUGUUUAGGACAAUGAUUCCUAGACUGCUCAUCUCUGGAGGAAACGGUGCAAAGCAAGAGGAGACCAUGAUUCAGACACAAUCCAGGUUUAAGCUAUCUUGUUUCAGAUGAGAAACGAGGCGAGAGCCGCCUGUGGGCUCCAAGCUGCGAUUUGGGAAACGCUGUUUGAUGGACUUCCUCUCUACACAGAUGGACAACCAGAGACUUUUAGUGUGUCAGUUUAAUUGGCACAAUCAUGUUGGCUAAGAUGUUUUAUAGACAUACAGGUAUUGUUAGAAAAAUGUAUUAUGUUUUAUAAUUCACCAACCCUGACACACACCGAAAUGUGAUUAAGGUUUGGUUGUGACGUGUUGGUGAAGCCAAAGUUAAAUGUAGCAAGUGACAUUCGGCACUUUUGAAAAUGUAUUUUAAUUUCCUUUUUAAUAUGAGUUCAAAUCUCCCAUGUUACGGUGUUUGAUAGCAACAUUGUCGAAGAGCUUUCUCGUGUUUUCUUUUGGAAGACUGCUUGAAUGUAGAGGGGGAAGUGCAGCCAACCAUCACUGUUACUUUAUAUUCCAAGUAUUUCAUCUCAGUUUCUCAGACAGACUCCACACCUUUAGAAAUAACAAGGAAAUAUCCAGCCACUCCGUCAUCUCAUCUCCCUGCAGUUUUCCUUCUGUGAUUUGAACAUGAAGUGUAUAUGACUGUGUAUUUUCAACAGAUACGUCUAAAUCUCAAAUAGCAAUAUUUUGUAUUAAUAUUUAUAUGUUCAUAUGUGUUUGUUUUGUUGAUAUAUUUGUGGGUUAAUAUUCUCUUUAAGUUGUUUGUAUCAUGUUUGAUGUGAUUCAGUAACUUUCCAGCUCACAUGUUUCGAUCUAAACACCAAACAAACUGCUACACAGGAUUUUCUCUUUUGUUCGUCUCCCGCUGCAAACUGUUUUUGCUUUGAUCACAAACUUUAAUGAUGGAUCAGAUGUUGCAAGAUGCUUAUUGAGAGUGCAGGUUUUUCUGUGUGGGUUCAACAGUAUGUUUACAGUCGGCAUCAUGGAGGAAAAGAUGUUGCUGAAUGUGUCAAACAAGUUAAUGCAUCAGAUGCUUAUAGUUUGUCUCAGCGGACAAAGAACGUGUGUCGCCUUUUAAAAUGAGAAAUGCAGAGGAAACAGGAAUAUUCAGUGUUAAUGAUGUGUUUGAUUGGAACAGUGUGACUGCUUCAGAUUAGUUUACAUUAGGGACUGUUGGUUAUUAAUCAGAGGAGGAGGGUGGCUGGGAUGUGACUGCAUUUUCUUUUAAUCUCUGGAGCUACAAACGUUUUUCCUUGAGUCUUCCUGAGUGACGGGGGAAAAUGCACGAGCCUCCCUCCGCCAUAUUUUUUUAUAUUCACACGCCAACGCAACCUGCAGACAGCACAGAGGGGGUCAGAGUUAUCAUCAAAACAGCUACACAAACACAAACAUCACAACACGCACACAGCCAGCAUUAGCAACAUGUGAGUAUAAAGACAAACCGUAACCACGUGCACGUAACAUCUUAAAUGCUGUAUCGAAGGCAGCUGGACGUGCUUGAGUUUCACCUCUCAUCCAAGAGGCUUCUUCAGUUCUGAAUGCGCUUCGACUGGAAGGGGAAUUCGAAAAAGCAUCAAGGAAGCUGUCUGAUUACAGGAGCAGAACUGAUGAAGGUUCUUGGAUGAGAGGUGAAACUCAAGCACGUCCGGUUGCCUGCGAUACAGCACUGCAAUGACCUGGAUGACUGUGGCCACAGCAGCUGGAAUAAUAUCAGUAAUGUGACUCAGAGGCCGUUAUUAGAUCUUUAUAAAAUAGACUUGGUUUAACACCGCUGUCAUAAAUGCAGGGGUGCAGAAUUGAAUGGGAUUUUAUUUGUUUUGUUUUUUACAGGAUCCAUUUUGUACAAAUGGUUUAUUUUUGGUGACAUUUUAAAUGAGACCUGCAGAAUAUGACGCAGUGAUUUGAUGAAACGUCAUUAUUUUACGCGUAGAUUUGCUCCGUCAUCCUGACAGAAGCGUUUGUCAGGUGUUCAUCACACAUAAUAUGUACAGUGACAGUCAGAGAUUUUUAAAAAUGCGGCGAUAAUUCCUGUUUUUACAGGUUCUGGCUGCGACACAUGAUGUAAUUUUGGCAUUUUUUUUUUUAAAAAACCCUGCUGUCAGGUUUUAGGGUUCAGGUCGUAUUUAAAAUAAGUACAAAAUGCAAUUAUUAAAGUUGUGUGUUCCUCCCCUCAGCAGUCACCGUGCAUAAAAAAUGAUUUGAUGUGCCUCCCUCUUUUUGCGGCAUCAUAAAUAACAAACAGUCCCUUAUCUCAUGAAACACAGCUCAUGAUUCAUCUGCAGGUUUUCGACUGUCAGUUUCUUGUUUCUAAACUGACAUAUGCUGGAUUCUUUCCUCUUCCUCUCUGCCAUAUUUCUGUGUAUAACUAACAGCUUGAACUUUAUCCUGCAAACCACUGUUUCACCACUUCAGCUGUACUUACAGGCUCAACUCUCUUAUCAGAGGCUUUUGUCCCACUUAGCUUCAUAAAAGACACUCAGUCGUGCUCCUUUCAACGUCUGUGUGGAAACCAUCUUUAUCUUUCUGUGUUUUGCAAUCUAGGAAAGACAAAAAUCUGUACAUGUAAAUUAAAUAUGACACUCACAUGAUGACUUCUCAUCGGAUAAAAGAAGCCUUUUUUACAUUCCUCUGUGUUAAAGAAGAAGUGGGGGACGGAUGUAUAGCUGUAAAAAUGUAAUGGCACCCUGACAGGAUUCAUGAUUGGUUUUAUUACAUAUUUGUACUCAAAUGUUUUUCAGUGAGAAUGUUUUUAUAUAAACAAGUGUUGUACAUUGAUAGACGAAAUACAAAUAAAAUUCAAA